CGUGAUUCUCACGGGAAAACAUGGCUGCCUCCAUGUGACGCAAAUAACUUUGUAUUUGACAUUGAGUAUGUUUUAUUUCCAAACUCAAUAUACUGUUGUCAUUAAUUUGCAAAAGUCAAAAUGACGUCAAGACUAAGAAACAUAAUAGCAGAGAAUUAUAAGAGCCCGAAGAAAGGUCUAGUGGGAAAUUUUGUUUCAAAAUUUGUGUUUGAUAAGCGCAAUGUGUACCUGGAGCAAAACGCUGCUCGUCUGAGUCGUAUCCAACCACAUCACAAGGUGUUAGAGGUCGGCUUUGGAUCCGGUCAUGGUCUGCAGGAGGCCUACAAGUAUGUCAAAGAUGGGACUGGGAUGAUCUAUGGCAUAGAGUAUUCUGAACUGAUGCUGAAGAAGGCAAGUCGCCGGAUGAGGCAGGAGAUUCAACGUGGGAAGGUCGACCUGUGCAUGGGCUCAGUGAUCCAGCUUCCAUACAACACAGACACGUUCGACAGCGUCUUCCACUGCAACACCUACUACUUCUGGCCCAACUUGAAGGUCGCCAGUCAGGAGCUCUAUCGAGUGAUGAAGCCAGGCUCAACAAUGGUGACGGCCAUGAACCUUGACAGGAUUAGAAUGUUACAGCGUAAAGGAUUUAUGAAAUACGGUAGCCCCGAUCCUGUGAGGUUUAUGUGGAUGCUUGAAGAAAGUGGUUUCGAGGAUGUCAAGCUGGAAUACUUGUCAGAUGGGGACAAAAAAUUUGAGGCCAUAUUUGCCCGAAUUAAUGAAAAGACUGCUUAUGAUGAAGACUUUGAAGAGGAAGUUGCACAGUUUGGCAGUUUACAAGAUGAAGCCAAGCCAUAUUUUGCAGACAAACUGAAAGGACAGAUUGAACCUUCUGUUUCAUGACCUUCAUUGUGAAAGGUUCAAGAAUAUAACACUCUUAAAGAUUGUCUUAAUUUUGAAUGAAGAUGCUUUCUGUGUGGGCAGGUGAUUUAUAAUUGCAAUAGAGGUACUUGGCAGUAUGUUGCAAUGACACAGUUGAAAAUUUGUCAGCCCUAAAUACACAUGCCGCUCUUCGACCUCACCCCCAUUUUGUCCUGGCCAAAUGAAUCUAUGGCCCUUUUAGCAAGUUCAGUUGAGGAGAACAUUUAUACAUACAGACACUGGAGAAUGUAUAGUUAACACCAUGUUGUCAUUGCUGCUUGUAUGGAGGACUCAGAUCUGUGCCAGGAGCUUUGGUCAAUAUUAUUCCAUGACACAACAUUCAAAGAUCCACGUGACAUUCUUAUGAUAUUGCAGUGUCGUGUUGAUGUGAGAGGAGCUGGUCUGUUUCACAGUUCCAGUCACCCGUCAAGAUCCGGGUUAGAAUUGGUCUUCAGGACCUGUGCUUGUCGUAAGAGGCGAAUAACAGGAUAGGGGCUCGCUGACUUGGUUGAUACAUGUCAUCGUACCCCAAUUACAUAGAUAAAUGCUCAUGCUGUUGAUCACUGGAUUAUCUCGUCCAGACUCAAUUAUUUACAGACCGUCGCCAUACAGCUGGAAUAUUGCUGAGUGUGACGUUAAACAGCAAAUUAACCAACCUAUCAUAGUUCCAGUCAAGAUGUAGCCUCUGUAAUUAGUGCCUUGUGUGGCAGUGAGACAGUCUGUGUGUAGUUAGGGUGACAAUCAGCAUGGUAAGACUCUAGAAUGAUUUUAUAAAGAUAUCUUAGCUGGCAAGAGAAGUGAUAUUUUUUCAACACAAAUCAAAUUUGUCCCCUUCUGGGGAGUUGCUUUUGUUACUGUUGCUUUAUCCUUUAGGUCAACACAGUGUUAUGGAUAGAACUUCUUCCCAGAGAGAAAUGAUGGUGGUUUAAUCCCAAGGAUUCAACGUAAACUUCUUACCUAAAGGUGGUUAAAUUUGUUACGGAAUUCUUUCUUUAGAAAGGUCCUUUUUUAACAGUUUCUGUGACACAAGUAUCCACUCAGAAGCUACUUAAGCUGCAGUAACUAUAGCACAUAUAAAACAGUAGAUGUGAAGAAAAGUGUUCAUUGUACAGGGAUCGAUUUAUGUCCAGGCUGCACCAGUGCAGGUACAUUAUUGCUGGUGCAGGUAGCAUCAACUGUCAGUUUGCAAUCAGUGCAGGUGACAUUUUCCACAAGAAGUGCAUGGCAGUGGUUUGAUUGGUAUGAAUUGCACGUUUAAAUCAUUUCUAUCUUUGUAUGAGGUAAAUCAUUUACCAGAAGUAAGCAAUGAAAACAAAUCUGCUUUCAUUCUCAUAAAUCAGUUAUGUGGAGCUCACUCUGUGUACACAAUCAUGUGCCAAUUCGUGCCAAGGUCAGAGGUCACUGUGUAAUAUGUCACUUGUAAUGUGGACAAGUUGAUUUUAAGUGGGAAAGAAUUUAAAUUUAUCAAUGAAAAUAGCCAUAGUAAAGUAAACAUAAUCAUUUGUCAAUCAUUUAAGUGCUUCUGUGAUAAUCAGUCAUUUGUCAAUCAUUGAUUUAACACUUUGCAGUGAUGGUCAAUCAUUUGUCAAUCAUUGAUUUAACACUUUGCGGUGA